CUUUCUCUUUCACGGUCUCCGGUGAAGGUGCAACAAUCUCUCGGUCGUCCCGAAUCCGGGUUCAUCCGACACCAACACCGAAGUCAGCAGAACCGAACCGCGGUCACAACUCUCCACCAUGCCUCCCAAAUUCGACCCCAGCGAAAUUAAAGUUGUGUACAUGAGAUGCACAGGAGGAGAAGUUGGUGCCACUUCUGCUCUGGCCCCCAAAAUCGGGCCCCUGGGUCUGUCUCCCAAGAAAGUGGGUGACGACAUCGCCAAGGCAACCGGCGACUGGAAGGGUCUGAGAAUCACCGUCAAGCUGACCAUCCAGAACAGGCAGGCGCAGAUUGAGGUCGUCCCCUCUGCCUCUGCUCUGAUCAUCAAGGCACUGAAGGAGCCGCCACGUGACAGGAAGAAAGUGAAGAACAUUAAACACAGUGGCAGCGUCACGUUUGAUGAGAUUGUGGCUGUCGCCCGCCAGAUGAGGCCACGCUCCAUUGCCCGCGAGCUCUCUGGAACCAUCAAGGAGAUCCUGGGAACAGCUCAGUCUGUGGGCUGCACCAUCGAUGGGCGCCCUCCCCAUGAUGUCAUCGAUGACAUCAACAGCGGCAAAGUGGAAUGCCCUGCGGACUAAGACUGCUGCAAAUCAAAUGAAAAAUAAAUAAGUUCUUUC